AUGGCUGAGUGUAGGAAACGAUUUUUAGCCUCCACUGCUCUUGAAUACGACCUUGUCGUGAUCGGUGGUGGUUCUGGUGGUUUGUCGUGCUCGAAAGCUGCACGAGAAUACGGUGCCAGCGUUGCUUUGGUCGAUGGCGUAGCACCAAGCCCACAUGGAACAACAUGGGGUAUCGGAGGGACGUGUGCUAACGUGGGGUGUAUUCCCAAAAAGCUCAUGCAUCAUGCUGGACUUGUAGGGAAAGAGGUGCAACACGCCUCGAUGUAUGGAUGGCAAGACGUUGUGAAAGGCAAACAUUCCUGGAAAACUCUGGUCCAGGUCGUCAAUGACCGAAUCAAGGCAAACAAUUGGAUAUAUCGUGUGCAGCUGAAUGAGAAAGGUGUGAAGCUCUACACAGCGUUUGCUUCCUUUAUUGACAGCCAUACGAUAAAAACGGUAUCUGCCGACAAGAAGAAAACGGAGCAUACACUGCAUGCAAAGAAUGUUGUUGUUGCGACUGGCCUUCGUCCGCGAUAUCCUAACAUUCCAGGAUCCAAAUAUGGAAUCACUUCUGAUGACCUGUUUUCGUUGUCAAAACCUCCAGGCAAGACGUUGGUGGUCGGUGCCAGUUAUGUUGCUCUCGAAUGUGCAGGUUUGCUAGCUGGUGUUGGCUUUCCAGUAGACCUGCUCAUCCGGUCAAAACCACUGAAAGUCAUUUCGAUC